CUGCUACAUGGCUUUGCUUAAAAAAAAUCACAAUACUGUACAUGUAAACAGGGGCGGACUGACAACUCAGGGGGCCCCGGGCAAUAGGGGAUCAUGGGGCCCCUGUGUCCUUGCUCAAACUCAAAAAAGCCUAUGAAAAAGGUACCAGGGACAUCUCAUGGGGCCCCCUACUGACCCCGGGCCCUCGGGCAGUGCCCGAGUUUCCAAAUGGUCAGUCCGCCCCUGUUUGCAGACUA